GCCCGUCAUUGUCCCGGCCCCGGUAUAUAAGCGGGCUGAGGCCGGGCGUGUGCCAGGCUCACCGGCUCGCACGAGCUGUUCCAGAGCAGUUGAGGCGCGUGCCAGAACCGCAGGUCCAGACCCGGUCCCGCUGGAUCCGAUCCAAGAACUCCUGACCGCACCAGAACCCAGCCCUGCGCUCCGAGAUGGACUCCGUGUUCUCCGACACCGACACCAGCUGCGACCUGUUCCCGCACACCGACGAUGAGGAUUGCCGCGGCAGCGUGCGCAGCGCGUCCCCGCAGCCACAGCAGAAGAAGCGGCGCCGCGGCCGCGGGCGCAGCGACGCCACCACGCAGGUGGUGAAAAAGACCCGCAGGCUGAAGGCCAACGACCGGGAGCGGAACCGCAUGCACAACCUGAACGACGCGCUGGACGCGCUGCGCGGCGUCCUGCCGGCCUUCCCGGACGAGACCAAGCUCACCAAGAUCGAGACUCUGCGCUUUGCGCACAACUACAUCUGGGCUCUGUCCGAGACCAUCCGCAUCGCGGACCUGCAGGCGGGGAAGAGCGGGGAGCCUCCUCUGCUGCUCAACCCCGCCCUCCUGGCGGAGGCCCCCAGCCCGGGAAGCGACGGCUGCUCCUGGAGCUCCAGCGGCUCCUCGUCCUCCUCCUCCCCGGCUUAUUGCGCCUCCAGCCCGGGCAGCCCCGCCGCUCCGGACGACUACAGCUUCCGGCAGCAGGACGCCGUGUUCGGCUUCCGCAGCUUCGCUCCGGGGGUCUACUGAGGAGCAGGCCGGAGGACGGGGACAGGCGCCGGAGCAGCCGACAGCAGGAGGACCGCAGUUUGCCUUAAUGAGCAGAAGGACUGAAAUGAGAAGAACUCGAUUCCUCAUUUAGAUGUUGCUGAGUUUGUUUUAUUCUCAAAGUCUUUGCACUUUCCCCCUGACCCCCCAGCAGUGUGCAGGUUACAGUCAGGUUUACAGCUCCUCCUCCUCCUCCUCCUCCUCCUCCUCCUCCUGGAGGUGAAGAGUCAACUUUACAAUUUGUAGAGCAGUGGAGCAGAAAACUGAGCGUGGAAAUCCAGUUUCUGCGCUCAGACAAAAGACUGAAAGGAGCUGCCCCCCCCAUCCAUUAUCCUGUCACCCCACCCCCAGUUGUUUUUAUUUAUUUGCUUUUGUCACAUGAAAAGUUGUAUUUUGUACAUAAAGAGAUUUUUAUUCUAUUUUCUGGAACUUUUCUGCUUUUCUAC